CGACGCGACCUGGUGUAGCAACGGGCCAUAGCAACGGGGCCUAGCGUGGGCCCGGAGCGGCGGCGGGGCCUGGGAGUGGAGUCUGGAGGCCAGCAUGGCGGGGGCGUCCGGGGACCAGCAAAGGCGGGUGGCGGAGCUAGGCCAGGCGCUGUCUCGGCCCGUGGCGGCGCUGAAGGCGGAGGAGUCCCGCGGGGCUCGCUUGGAGGCCUUGUCCGGCAUCGGGGCGGCCUUGUCGGGCCGCGGGGAGCAGGCCUUGCCGCCGGAGGAGCUGGAGCGCCUGGUGCUGAGGCCGCUCUUGCGCUGCGCCCUCUCCGACCCGGCGGAGCGGUGCCGCGAGGAGGCCUUGGCGCUGCUCCGCCGGGCCCUGAGCCUCGGAGAAGGAGCUGGAGCGGCAGGAGCAGGAGGAGGAGGGCUCGGGCUGGGCCUCCCCGCCGCCGCGCUGCCCGUGCUGGUCCCGGCGCUGGCCCAGAGGCUGUGCCUCCGCGAGGCGGGCCCGGGCCAAGGCGAGGCCUGCGAGGAGCUCCGCCUCGGCCUGCUCCAGCUCCUGGCCGCCCUGCUCGGCGCCUGCCAGGGACAGGCCCUGGGGCCCUACUUGCCCGACGCCGCCGCCGCCUUCCGCGCCGCCCUCCGGGACCCCUUCCCGCCCGCCCAGCGCCAGGCCUGCGCCGCCAUCGCCGCCUGCGCCCGCGCCGCCCCAGAACAUUUUCACCUGCAGUCAGAAAGCUUUGUUGUCCCCUUGAUGCAAGCCAUUUCCCACCAGCAUUAUCGGGUCCGUGUUGCUGUCAUUCAGGCCACCGGAGCAGUGAUACAAUUUGGCAAUGCGAAGUCUCUGGACGAUGUGCUCUCCCACCUGGCCCAGCGGUGCUUUGACGACAUCCCACAGGUUCGGGAGGCUGUGAUCAGUGUCAUUGGAGAGUGGCUGCUACACUUGCGGGAUAGAUAUUCUUAUUUUCAUAAGUUAAUUCCUCUGCUGCUCAGUGGCCUGACAGAUGAAAUGCAUGAGAACAAGGAGCUGGCUCUCACUUACUGGAAGAGAAUAGGUUUGCAGUGGGAAAAAGAAAAUGAAGAGGAUAUUAAGGAUAAGCUUGACUUUUAUUCCGCACCACCUUAUUAUCCUCAAGGACUGACACGUCCAGAACUGGGAUGCCGGGAGCUUGUGAUCAGAAACUUGUUCAAAAUACUUCCAGGCCUCUGUCAUGACAUGACAGAUUGGGUGGAAGGCACCAGAAUAAAGUCUUCUCAGCUUCUGAUUAUACUCCUGCAGCAUGUGGAGGACCACAUGACACAACAUAUGGAACCUCUGCUCAGGACGUUGUACCGUGCGUGCUCAGAAGACAAUAGCAUUGUGGUCAGGAAUUGCUUGAAAGCAGCAGAGCUGGUUGGGAUUUUUGUCAGCCCAGCGGUGUCUCUGAAGCUAAUCCUGUCUGACCUGGAGAAAACACCCAUGCCUUCUUGCCUCAUGAUCCUAGCCGCCGUGAUACGUGGCUCCCCAAGGAAGGUCUUGCAGCCUCAUUUGGUGUACCUGGCCGACAUGCUCUCCCGGCCAGAAAUAAGCCAGCGCACCGAAGAGGUUUUUUAUGUGACGCAACUGUUGUCCUGUGUGGAAGCUGUCGUUGAAGUGUGCCAAGAAGACUGUCAAGAAGUCAGCCUCCCGCUCACCAAGGUCUUAAUCACCAUAAUGGCAAUACCACCCAAUGUCGGACAUUUACACGUAAAGUUAGAGGAAACAAUGAACACGUUGGCUGAGGUGCAGCAUUUAGCAGGUAUUGUCAGCCUCUACCGACAGCAUAUGGCCCAGCUGAUGGAAUGGGUGUCUCUAACUCACAGCCGUUGGACCUGCUACUCCCCAGAAUUACUGCAGUUGGAUGUCAUUGCCACUCAUUCAGGCCCGGUCAUAGGUGAGGCUCUUCCAAGUUUUAUUCCCAUUCUUCAAACGUGCCUCCAGACAUCUAUAGACCCUCGGGUACGUCUGAAGCUGUUCAUGACAUUAUCCCAGUUGCUCCAGAAGCCAGAUGAGACGGUCAAUUCUCAAGGGCAGUUCUGUAACUACCUUGAGACGGUGAUAAAAGACAUCCUGGCUCCUAAUCUGCAGUGGCAAGCGGGAAGAACCGCAGCUGCCAUUCGCACGACGGCCGUCUCCUGCCUCUGGGCCCUGAUUUACAGCAAACUCCUUUCUGCAGAAGAGAUGGCGAGUGCUGGAAAUGACUUGAUGCCUAAAAUCAUUGCCACACUGGACGAAGACUCCAAAACGACUCGCUUACUGUCCUGUCAGAUCAUUGGCACAUUUUUGGACAGCUGCGGGGAUCGGUUCGAACUUGCCAAAUUAUAUCCAGAACUCUUAAGCCGUUUGGAAGAUCGGUCGCUGGACGUCCGCCUGGCUGCAGCUAAAGCCUUGACAAGUUGGUUCAGGUGUAUCAAUGACGACGAGAAGAAAGCCCUGUUGAAAGAGAAUAUUCGGUUUGCGUAUGAGGCGCUUUUGAUUCACCUGGACGACCCUGACCAUAACAUCCAAUCCGCUGUCUUAGAGACUUUGAAAGAAGGAGGCCUCCUAUACCCAGACGCGUUGGCGAAAGAAAUUGAAGCCGUCGUGCACAAGCACCGCACUGCCACCUUCUGCGACCAGCUGCUGUUCCACCUUGAAUCAACAGGAUGGAAAUACUCCGAGUCGUAAAUGCCUUGCGUUGAGAUAGGGCUGUUGUCCUUCCUAUGCCGUCGUAGUAGUGAUGAGACGUUUCAAUAAACUGUGACGUUAACAAGCUGGUGCUCUUUCGAGAUUCAACUCAUUUAUAAAUAAAGUUUAUUACUAUUAUUAUUAUUAUAUAUAAAACAUGUUUUUAUAAACUACAUUUAAACAAACUA